AUGUUGCAGCAUCAUGGUAGCCGAUUGAUAGGUUCACCGAAUUUUCAACAAUUAUAUACAAGUCGUUUUGUACCUUUAUUUGUACAUUUGAUUCUUUUAAUACUUAUUUUGGUUUUUGCUGACGAUCUCGUUAAUAAUUGUGGUACGAAGGAUUAUGCAAGUGCACCGAAUAAAAAUAUUUGGUCGAGUGCUUGGACAGGUGCGUCACUUGGUUUAGUUGUUAUUGAAAUGGUUUUAUCUCUAUCAGGUUUUUCAAUUUUUCGAUAUUAUGCUAUUAUUUUCUCAAUUGUAUUACAUUCAACAGCAUGUGUUGUUAUAAGCGCGUAUUUUAUGUCGGAUAUAAGUAUUUGUACGGGUUCACCAUAUUUAUUAUUUUUUUGUACGUUUUUACCAUUGGUUAUUGAAUUGAUCAGUUGGCUUGAACUAUUUGCAUUCAACAAAAAACUGUGA